AAUAGCCAGUAGCGUUGAGUGUGUUUAGUGUUUUGUAUACUGGGAGGUGUCGUAGUACGUUGUUGAGAAUACUUUUUUGCUGUCACUGCUGGCUUUGAUAUGACAUCAGAUCUUUUGUUUAGGCGUUACUUUUUUGCUUGUAAGUUUAGUAUUAAAUCUUGCGUCAAUUUGUAACUUUUUUUUGCGUCUCUGACACUUUAUUUUGAAAGGUUUCAUCAUCCCGCGAGCAGUGAGCAGUUAGGGACUAUGUACAAAUUAAAAACCGUUUGUCAAGCAUUGGAGUACAACGAGACCGUUUUAAUAGGUUAUAAACAAAUUGCCUUGUAUAAUUAAAAGUAAAUAUCCAUCAAAUUGUAAAUUGGUUUGUAUAAACUUCCAACACAAGAACUAUUGAGAGCUUUGGGACAGUGACCUUAUGCAGUGUGGACCUUUUGAGACGCUCCCUUACAGUUGACAUGGCGGAAUACUAGCGGCUGGGUUGACUUUUUACUAUUUUAGUUGUUGUACAAUGUUUACUGGUCGGUUUCAGUAAGUAGGUUUCUCCAGUAUGUUAAACCGUUUGAUGGAAGCAUCGAAAGUGGACGACCUUGAUGCUUUAAAAGCUUUAUAAAGUGAAGAGUUAGUGUAGUGUAGCUGGUGUCAUGGCAGAAGGUUCUAGGGUGAAAGACAGUCACAGUGUGCUGCUACACACACAGCUGAGGGACACAAGCACACAUGGCGGAGGACUGUUCGAGCUGACACAUGACGACGAGGACGUCCAGUUUGACACUUCUGAUUCGGAUAAUAACUGUGAGGUGUUGACAGCAGGAAGACAGUAUCCGUCCCUUCUGGAGUUUGCCUCUGCCAUCCCUAACCACCUGCUGCUGGGGUCUCUGCUCGAACACUUGUGCUUUGUGUACGAGAAAGACCCUGCACAAUCUCGCAUUCUGUUCAAGGUGAUUGGUCAGCGACUAGCAGCAAUGAACCUCCUCUCUCCCCUGGCCAUCAGUGACGAGUUCAGCACAGUGAGACUGCAGCACAGCCGGGCCUUCGCUGAGCUCCUGCAUGCAGCCAGCUCAUCACUGUUUCCUCAGAAUGAAAUGUACCUAAAUGCUGAUCGCCAAAACUCUGUGCUAAGAACAAAAGAUGGUCUUUUCCAAACCUCUCGCUACCUCAGUGAAUUUGACGAAAUCUCACCACUGGGCAGAGGAUCAUAUGGAAAAGUCUUUAAGGUGAUAAACAAGUUGGAUGGACAGCAUUACGCUGUAAAAAAGAUUCUGAUCAAGAAUGUGACGAGGAACGACUGCAUGAAGGUCAUACGGGAGGUUAAAGUUCUGUCCAGUCUUCAGCAUCUGAACAUUGUUGGAUAUCACACUGCGUGGAUGGAGCAUGUGCAGCCUGCUGUGAAGAAUUGUAAACCUACUCUUCUGGCUACCAUACCAGCUUUAGAAACACCCUCACAAACAGAAAGACUUGUAGAGGAGAGCACGAGUAGCACCAAUGGAUCAUCCAUUGUUUUUGAAAACUCUGAAUGUUCAAAGGACAGAAAAGGACACUCUACAAAUGUGCUAAAGAAUAGCUCAAAUAAUAUUCUAAGAUCUGCAGUGGCAACAGAGCAGAGGAGUCAGGUUCUGUCCAAAAAAAUUGUGCACAGCCCACAUAACUUUGUUCCAUGUGCGUUCCUGGGAGAGCCGCGCUCUGCUGGGGAGACCUGCCCUGCACUUCGGUGGGAAAGUUCAACACUGUCAGAGGAGUCAUAUGUUGAUAUGAGCAGUCAGCAGUGGGCUGAAAAACAUCCAAAGGAGGUUCAGUUCCACUUAAUGCUCUACAUCCAAAUGCAGCUGUGUGAGCGUUCAUUGAAAGACUGGAUUCAGGAAAGGAACUCUACACCAAAGCCAGAACUCACAAUGUCAACAGGUUCUUUUCAAUCAUUUGACUCUCAACAAGCAUCUGAUAUCUUAAAGAAAAUACUUGAAGGGGUGGAGUAUAUUCACUCCCGUGGAAUUAUGCACAGAGACCUUAAGCCAAGGAACAUUUUCCUGAAUGGGCAUGAAUGCCAUGUAAAAAUAGGUGACUUUGGAUUGGCUUGUAAGGAUAUUGUGAUGAAUGAAAAUGAACAGCUAUCUUCCACUUCUCAUGUAAAUGGAAACGCAGAGUCCUCUCACACUACAGGAGUGGGCACUUUUGUUUAUGCUUCUCCAGAACAACUGCAGGGCUCUCAUUAUGACUCAAAGUCAGAUAUGUAUAGUGUUGGGGUGAUCGCUGUUGAGUUGUUCCAGCCAUUUGGAACAGAGAUGGAACGUGUGCAAACACUCAGCGACCUGAGAAAGGGGAAGGUUCCAGAUGACCUGUAUAAAAACUGGCCAGUCCUGACUGAGCAAAUUAAACUGCUGACCAGCAUGGACCCCUCACUGCGACCAAGUGCAUCCCAGCUACUGCAAAGUGAUCUCUUUAACAACAAAGACAUGGUAAUCCACAAUUUACACCAGAGGAUUUCUGAGCAAGAAGAGGAAAUCAUUCAGCUCAGAAGACAGAUCAGUGAACUACAAACCUCACAAAAUGGACCAGAGAAGGCAUCAUUAUAACUACUACUGACUAUUCUCUACCAAGUGAGACUUUGGCAUAUUAUGUGAAUAGUUUUCUUUUAUUUAUUUUUGUGACGUGUUCCUGUGUAUGAAGUCAACUUUGCCAAGGUGUAUAAAGACAAAUAAAUAAAUAGAUAACCUUUCAGAUGAAUAUUAGACUGACUCAGAACACAUGUGGAUUUCUGGGCACAAUUUCAUGUUUUUCUUCUGUCUUUAAACCAUUAAAGUAUUUUAUAUUUCUGUGA